AGUAGAUUCUUCUAGGCCGGGAUCCAAACACAAUUCUGUGGCAGCGUAUGCAAUGCUGAUUCCGACUCCGCGACCCCCUGUGCUUCUGUUGUCUCAGUUGUUUUCUCUUUUGCACUAACCAUUUGUUCCUUGAGGAAUCGAAUGCCUGAGAUAUGUUGAAGCUGCGGACAUCAGAGCACUUUUGCAGGGGUUCAAAAUCAAGCCUGAAUGCGUAUUCCAGACGAUGUCCUCAGCCCAAUUGAGCUGCUAUAUGAUAGGUGGUCCCAGUGAGACAGCUACCAUUUACAAUGUUGCGAUAUAUGAGUUUGGUUGAUCGAGGCAAUGUGAAUCAGUGCAAAGUCAGUAUACAUCAGAUGCCUGUCCAGCAUAUCCGGCUAUUCGUCAGAAUCAACUUCCUCUUUGUCUAACGAACGUUCUGUUAUCCGUCAUCAGAGACUCGGUACCUAGCCAUCACCUCCUUACAUCCAUUUUUGGUAGGCGUAGCUGGCGGCAGUCUCGAAAAGCUGGCUGAGAGGAGUAUGGGACAAGCCAUCCCUAAAGACGACGUUAUUGAAGAAGAUCAACUGAACUUGCAGGCCGACCCGAAACACGCCGGUCCCCGUGUUGACAGGUCCGGGGUGCGAUAGGUCCCGUCCACGUCGACUCCGUGGUCACGGCGCAAGCACAGGCUUUCGGCGCGGGAGAGCGGAGCAUUUGAAACUAGAAAGAUUCGAGUUUGGCAAUGCUUGAGAGCUGUAAAGGACUCUAAUAGCACACUAGCGAUGGACUGGGUAUUGGCUGACGGGUGGCUUAUGGUAUCUACCAAGUCAUUCCCAGGCAUAGAAUCAGAAUCCACAGCAUACGGAGUAGAGACUAUCCGUAAUAUGCAGAAGGAUAGCUGAAACGAGCCAACACCCCAUGUUAUCCACAGAAAUCACCACGGCAUGUCAUAUUUACUUUUGUGUCGUGUGCCUUUUCUUCUUCUUCUUCUUCUUUCAGCCGCUGUUUCAAGUAUUAUCGCUCAAGCGACCACUUCGCCCGAUCUUGAGCUCUUAGGCACGAACAGCGUUGUCCUGCGCACAUCUCUAUAGUCUCUCGGCUUUAGUGUUGAUGUAACUCCAUACAUGACGAUGACUUAACAGGGGAGAGGUGAUUAUGCGAAAAUCAGAAUGGCGGCGAAGCCAACGACUAUACCUUGACUCGCGUGCACACACAACACUGCACCUUUAUGCGUCCAAUCCUUGGCUCCAGCUUGGCCGUCACUGACUCAAUAAUGCGUCGUUACUCACCUACGCCUUGGAGCUGCGUUACCAAGCGCUGUCAAAGCAUGGGCCCGCAGAGAUUAUGCUCUUUGGCUGCAACGCCAGCGAGUGCAAGCCUUCUUUUUGCCAACGGUUGGCUUUCUAUGAAGGUCCGAUAUCCGCGCUCUCUUCGCCUCAGUGUGUUUUUGAAGCAUCCGAGACCUCAACAAUUGUGAGCUCUGUCGUACAACGUACACCGCACGGAAUAGCAGCUGAGUUAAUGAUCAACGGGCAUCAACACGCGUUUCUUCCUGGGUGGGUAUCAGUCCUAUGUUCAUCCCACGUGGCAUGUGACAGACUGGAAGCAGAAAGGAGAAGGAACAUCAAUACUCAUCAAGACAGAAAACAUGCAAGACGUUGUCGGCUGCACAUAAGACAAGCCAGGGUGCAGCGGAUCAUUUAGAAACAAUAUACGGAGCGCCAACAACGUCUCACUCUCUGGAUAUCUGGAGAACCAACGUGCAGGGAACUUGCGAGGCUAAUAAGCGAUAGUGCUGUGGCUUGCUUGUCAAGUAUCGUCGAGUACUGAAAAAUCCAUUGCACUGUGACGAUGCUGGCUUCUCAUUUGCCCAUCAUAACUGACAGAACUGCAUCACUAAAGCCCCCGAGGCUCAACAAAGGCCGGCGGGUUGUUUUCCGGUCGAAUGACAGCGUAAGCGAGCCGGCAAUAGUGUUAAACCUGGUAGUUGACUAAGGUUGUGCAAGGAUGGAUGGAGGAUGUUUGUGGAAAUGUCUUGGAUCCCGGAUCACGCUUAAGGGAACCGCGGCCUCGUAAUUGGCCUCGGCUAGCGAUCCAGCAGGCACGAUCAACUGCUCCUGCUGUUUCCGUGUUAGGUCCUUUUGGGGAGCCACGACUGUGAAUUGAGGUCUUGGCGUCCAAUAUAUCUCAAACGUAGAGUAUCAUGGCAUGACUGUAUGACACGACACGACAUUACAUUACAUUGCAUUGGAUAUAACUCCGACCGCAUAUUGGUCUUUAACCGUGCCGUGUCUUGUCUCGUUUAUUGAGCAGUUAAAGAGCUCAAGGACAAGGAUGGCCUGAUAUGAUCAGCAUCAUCACCACCAUCAGAACUGAUUUUCAGCGGUAACCGGGAAAAGGAAAGGUUAAUUGCUCGCUACUCCACAUGCCGUGGCAUGAAUUGUGGUUCUCUCCAUGCUUGUUUUGCUUUUUUGAGGCUCUCUCAACCUGACAGCUUCAACUUUGGACGACAUGACCUCUCUGUGGUGGAAAGAAAAUGGACCUACAAAAGUGCGUUAAAAAAGAGUUGUAUGUCCCAAAAAUGCAUGGAAUUGGUCGGUAUAUCGAGCAUUGUGACAUACCCAUCUCAGUUAGGCUAUCAGUGAUUUCAUAGCUUGUUGUUCAUGUUGUGUGUUGUAUGUAUGUAUGUAUGUGUGCGUGCGUUGUGUGCUAUUCCCUGUCCAUGCCCUGGUUUCUCGCUUGACCAAUGCGUUACCGCCCAACAAAGACCUCGUCUGCAUUCAAAAGGCAACUAUCGAGGUGAUAGCACGGAAUAGCGUCCUGAAAGGCAUCACAUGAGAUGGUAUUGUUGGUGAUAAACCAGUGAUUAAGAAGAAACUAACUAUAGAUAGCCCUAACCAGUAUCUUGGGAGGUGGCAAAUCAGUCAAGGCUUGGGGACAGCCACAGCCUUUCGGCCCUGAGGUCCGGUGGAGUCUAGAGACAACAGCUGUGCAGGUAGACAAUACCAUUAGAGAGGA